CACUGCUCACUCUGCCACGAUCGACCUCUGUUGUAAAUUUUCCUCCCAGAACACGUGACGAUGCAUUUCUAGACUAUAUAUCCGGACUGCAGAAGCAGAGCUGUCAGAGCGCGGAGCUGGACGCAGAAGAAGAACUCUCUCAGACUUCACAAUUUAGGGAUUCAGAACUUGGGACACACUGUCAGCCUUUGACCCUGCAGCAGGCGGUGCUCCCAUGCUGAAAAUGGAGGCCCUGAACAGCACACACCCUGGCACGGCCGCCUCCAGCAGCCCCCUGGAGUCCCGCGCACCCGGCAGUGGCAGCAACGGGAACGAGUACUUCUACGUCCUAGUGGUCAUGUCUUUCUACGGCAUUUUCUUGAUUGGAAUCAUGCUGGGCUACAUGAAAUCCAAGAGACGGGAGAAGAAGGCCAGUCUUCUGCUGCUGUACAAGGACGAGGAGCGGCUGUGGGGGGAGGCCAUGAAGCCGCUGCCCAUGGUGUCGGGGCUGAGGUCGGUGCAGGUGCCCAUGAUGCUGACCAUGCUGCAGGAGAGCAUGGCGCCCGCCCUGUCCUGCACCCUGUGUUCCAUGGAGGGGGACAGCGUCAGCUCCGAGUCCUCUUCCCCAGACGUGCACCUCACCAUCCAAGAGGAGGGGGCGGACGAUGAGCUGGGGGAGACUUCAGAGACGCCCCUCAAUGAAAGCAGUGAAGGGUCCUCGGAGAACAUCCACCAGAAUUCCUAGCACCCCCGGGCCUCUGGAGGUGGCUGCCUCAGCCAGCACCCUCAGACAGAGGAAAGACGUGUUUCAAGUGUCUGGUUCCACUUUUGCAGUGCCCACUUUGAAGAGACCCUCUGCAAGCCUCUGAGUUGGGGCAGGGAAGGGACAAGGCUCAGCUGAGCCAGAGGCAAUGAGCAGUCCACAGCGUGCUUGGGGUUCAGACCUGCCCCUGAAAAGCCCCCCAAAUGAGCAGUGUGUGCACUGACUUUGGGGCCAGGGUGUUGGGGCUUCCCGUUUGGAAUUUGGCCAGGUGACGUUCUUGUUAUUUUGUCACUGGAUGCGCUGGGUCACCCCCUCUGGCAGCACCUGCCUCUUCCCAGGACUGUCUAGUGCCUGGGGCAUGCUGAAGGACUGGUUUUGGUUUGCUAAUUUGCCUAGAGCUUUGUUCUUCUAGAUCUGACGGGCUGUAAGUACCUCCACUGUCUACCUGUAACAUUACUUCACAGCUGGUUACCAGCUUCUCUUUGAUUAGAGGGGGAUAUAUGAUGGAGGAUUUUUGAUGGGAGAAAGCUGGAGAUCUGAACCCACGCCAUUUGCACAGUGUAAAAAGAAAAAAAACCCAGCUUUUAAUAUGGGCUGGAGUUGUAAGAGAUGAUCUGAUAUUUUGAGCUUUUGCCUAACCUUUGACCUUGAAUUUUCUGAUUUGUGACCUGCAGCAUGGCAGGCUGGCAUGAUGUUCUUUUGAUCAGACGAGUUUCCCCAAAAUCUAUCCUGCACUCUGAACAGCAGUGCAGGGACUCAUCCUGGUCUUUCCAGAAGGGGCAGUGGUGGGGUUGAACAAGGCCAAACCGCUAGCUCUGCUGCUGCUGACUUUCCCAGCCUACUUUUCAGAGCUAGGAAAGGACAUAACGCGGUAUUUCAUCACGUAGCUGCCACCUAGAAGGGCAUACUCAGGCUUGGAUUGCACAGAGCUGGGGUCCAAGUUCUGUGCUUCCUGAGCCCGAGCCUAACAUUCAUUUGCUGUGUGGUCCUGGGCAUGUCAUCAGGGGCACACUGUCUUCAUGAGACUCCCUACAGUCUCCAUCCCCAGGGGGCUGGGAGGAUGUCUUUAGGUUUCAGGACUCUGUAAUAAAUACUGCAUGGCCUGGUGUGAGGAAGCUUGGACCAAAUUCUUCUUCCUUGGCUGGGCAGUCUGUAAAAGGAUCUGCUGACUUAAAGGAGCAGCUGGAGACUCAGAACACAUGUAACUGGGCAGCAUAAGGUGAACUCCCAACCAACCCCUGCUGUAGUUUUCCCAGGAUUGAACCAAAGAGGCACACACCCCAUUGCCUCUGCAAAAUUCUCUGGAUAGUGGGCUGUUAACAAUCCUGGCUAAGGGAAAGAGACAGCUAAAAGAAAACGCUCAGGAAUGCUUGCCAAUGUCUCUAUGUGUUCCUGUGGUCAAAAGCUUUAUAGCAGAUCCGUUAGGACCUUGAAGACAAGGAGGAAAUGAAAGAUCAAAUUUAAUUCCAUUAAAAAAUUUUUUUCUCCUAAAAAAACCUACUCUGUUUGCAGGGAUUGGAGACACAGCAGUAACUACUGUUCCCACGGAAGGGUUAACAGUAUAGGAGCUGGUUUAUCAGUCUGCUUGGACACAGAGCUAGAGGAAAUUUAUGUUUGAGGGAAAAGGGCCCUCCGUUCACUUUAAAAUCCAGAGUGUGGAUUUACUCCAAAGGGGGCUGUUUAAGUUGAAAGAAGCCAAGUUAAGUUUGGCCCCUUGCCUGGAAUCACUUGAAUUCUGAAACUUCACUGCGAUGGACAUGUGCCUGGUCACAUUUUCCAUUGCUUAAUUCUGAAAUUUGGUGCGAGUCUAUCUGCGCCUUUUAAAUAGUGAUGUAUAUACUUCCUUCUUAUUCUAUUGGGUUGUACAGAAUUGUCUUUUGUAUUUAACAGUUUGUAAUUUUCACAAUUGUUUUUUUUAAUUUAAAUAAAUAAACACAUUUUUUCCCCUGGGAAGUCAUGA